AUGGCGCACGGUAGGGGUACGAGUCUUUUUGUAGGUCACGGAAAGAGGCGAGUAGUUACGAAUGUUCGCUUCCUAGCCACUGGUAAUUCCUAUGCAAGUCUACAGUACAGCUUCAGAGUUGAAGUUAGUUCAAUCUGCCAGUUCUUACCAGAGGUCUGCAAAGCCACCAUUGAGGUCUACAAGCACGAAGUAUUCAGGUACAGCAAAACUGAAGAGGAGCGGAAGGAGGUUGCUGAAAGUUUUAGUUCCAGAUGGAACUACCACAACUGUCUGGGGGCUGUGGACGGCGAGAAGCCAGCCAAAGCUGGGUCAUGUUACUACAAUUAUAAGGGCUUCCACGGCAUUGUACCCAUGGCCCAUGUAGAUGCUGGUUACAAGUUCGUGUAUGUUGAUGUUGGGGCAGAGGGUGGUGCUUCAGGUGUAGGAACAUGGAAGAACUGUACUUUGCAUGAAGCUGUCGAUGACAACCAAGCCGGACUGCCUGGACCAACUCCACUCCCUAAUGAUGAUAAGCCUGUACCAUAUCAUUUCGUAGCCGAUGAAGCAUUUGCACUCAGAACUUGGCUGAUCAAACCAUUCUCUCAUCGCUCCCAGAUUCACCGAGAAAUUAUCUAUGGUCCUGCUCUUCCUCUGGUUGUCUUCUUCUUCUUGGCAGGCAUCUUGUAG